GCACGCGCUAGAGAAAUAGCGCACCAACAAAAAAUAGACCUAUGCACAUCAACUCGCAUUUCCUAGAUUUUCAUGUACGUCAAAAACACGGUGACAAGUUUGUUAAAGUCUUGGUGAUACUUGAGGUGUAAGUUGUGUUUCCCCUCAGGCCACACCUCAUAGCGACAGUCGCCGAGUCUCUCUGCUAAAAACUCUGCAUGAAACAAGGGGCAGAGUGUGUCUUUCAAACCGUGGAGAACCAAAGUCGGACAUUUCACUCCCCCCACUUCUCGGCGACACAGGUCACCCUUUACGUUGGGGUCAGAGUACGCUUCAACGAACCCGUCCAUCCAGUUUGACCACAUUCCGGGGAAAUCCCCCCCGUAGAGUGUUUCCAUGGUGGCCCUCAUUUUGGGGCUCCAUUGGCUGACGUCUCUGGUCUUUUCCACUAGUUCAAUGUCAGAUUUGGUGACGCUUGCGUUGGAACCCCAGACGACUAAUUUUUUAACCCGCUUGGGGAACCGUGCUGCCAGGAUAAUCCCGCUGACACCGCCGUCGCUCCAGCCCAAGACGGAAAAUCUUUGGAACCCCAGCUUUUCCAUGACCCCCGCCGCGUCUUCGGCAUCGCGUUGGUAGAACCCCGGGGCCGAGAAAUUUCGGGGGUGCGGGCGAGAUUUUCCGUAGCCGCGGGGGUCGAACCCGACAAUUGUGAAGCCGCUCCCCGCUCGGCCAAAGUGCUCCAUCUGCGGGGUAAAAUCGGUUCCCACGCUCCCGAGGGCCCCCGGGAUGCAGAGAAGUGCGCGCGGGCCGUCCCCGCGUCGCUCGUAGUACAAUUCGACACCGUCGUCCGCUCGAAUUUUGCCGGUCGUGCCUCGAUAUUCGUCGGUCAACUCUGGUGCUCCGCACGCACCACCAGUAGAGAUACAUCUCCUUGGAGACUUCAAAAGGAUCCGAUUCGCCUCGAACCUUGCAAGGACACGCCGAAGAAAGAGCGCUGAAGCCAUGUUCCGCGCGACCUCUCCCCUUUUUCUCCACUAAAGGGGCGUGGUAAAAAUCUACGCAUGCGCGUAGGUGUCACAGUAACGAGAUGUCCGGAACGCCUUGGAAUCCGGCAGCCCCGCCUAAUUCACCUCAUUCCAGUAUGUCCUGAGUAGCAACUGUACUUGUUUUGCCUUUGCCUUGCUUCCUCGUCAUUUCAUACUUCUUGCAUAGUGACGCAUCAGUGGAAGCUGGACAUCAGGAUGAGCAGAAAGACGACACUAGUAUAGGCGACACGGUGUUCAGCAAGUCAUGGGCUCUUUCUGUGCUUGUCAGAGCUGUUGAGGCGGUUUUUAUAGGAAGCGAGGAAAGUUUGAAACCAGGAGAGAGGGAGAGGGAGGAAGGAGAGGGAGAAAGAGGUGAAGAGAAGGAAAAGGGAAGAGAGAAGGAGGUGAGGGGGAAAGAGAGGAGAAGGGAGAGGAUUCAUUAGACAAAGGUCUCGAGGAGGACCUCUGUCAGUUGUGGGAUGCUUCAAUGAACAGUGAUGUUGCGCUGUAUCUUCACGAGUCAAACGCAGUGGACCUAUUACUGGGUAUAGCCACCAGAUCAAACUCCCUUAGACUUACUGAGAUUUGCAUUGGUCUGCUGGGGAACAUGGCCUGUCAGGAACAAGUCCGCAAAGAAGCUUUUGCCAGCAGAAAGACGAGGCAAGUUUGUUACAUUGUCUCUCUCUCUCACUCUUUUUCUCUCUCACUCUCCCCCUCCUUCCCAAGCUUGCUCUGCUGUGUAGAGGUGUUUACUACAAGGGAUGUUGUGCUCUCAUUUCUGUGUGGAAGUGAUACAAGGAUUUUGUAUGAAGCAACAAGGCUGGUGUUGACAUGUGUAUCGGCAAGUGACAAAGAUUUCCGCCAACAGUGGAUAGAGGAAGUCAGACUCAGUCACAACGUGAAGGAAUCUCUUCAGUUUGUUAUGAAGAGCUCCACUAAUGGAUUGCGAGUUCGUUAG